ACCAAUAAACGUAUCCGAAAAGCUCGUCGUACGACACGUGAAAUAGCACCCUAAAACUGAAUAUUAAAAGAGAGAGGGAGAGAGAAAAAGAGAGAGAGAAAGAAAGAUUGUCUUGGCCCUUUUCUUUUUCCACGUUCAUUAGGGGACGGCAAGGCGACGCGACGCGACGUCACGCGUCGCGGUGCCUAAAUCGCGACAGCGGGAGAUAAUUCUGUCAAGAGAACGAGAAGGACAGAGGUGAAGGAGACGGCCGCGGCUGGUGGCAAACAUGUUAUGUUCGUGCGGCGGCAACAAAACGAAAUCAUACGUGUGCCGAACGAAGAGAUCCCGACCUGUCGUCGCCGCUGCCAAAUAAGUCCGUGCACGCAGGAACAUGGCCUCUUCCGCGAAAAGAUCUUGGAAGCUCCAGGAAUUUGUCGCCCAUUCACCAAACGUCAAUUGUUUGGCAUUAGGUCACAAGUCUGGACGUGUCUUGGUAACUGGUGGUGAUGAUAAAAAAGUGAACUUAUGGGCUGUUGGGAAGCAGAAUUGUAUUAUGAGCUUAAGUGGCCAUACCACCCCAAUAGAAUGUGUACGUUUUGGCCAAACUGAGGAUUUGGUAUGCGCUGGUUCACAGACAGGUGCGCUGAAAAUUUGGGAUUUAGAACAUGCCAAAUUGGCACGCACUCUGACAGGGCACAAGUCUGGAAUACGUUGCAUGGACUUUCAUCCUUAUGGAGAGUUAUUGGCAUCUGGUAGUUUGGACACUGCAAUCAAGUUGUGGGAUAUUCGACGGAAAGGUUGCAUUUUUACUUAUAAGGGUCACAACAGGACCGUCAACAGUCUAAAGUUCAGUCCUGAUGGACAGUGGAUCGCCAGUGCUGGGGAGGAAGGAAUGGUCAAGCUGUGGGACCUAAAGGCCGGUAGACAACUAAGGGAAUUUUCAGAACACAGAGGGUCAGCGACUACCGUUGAGUUUCAUCCACAUGAAUUCCUAUUAGCCAGUGGUAGUAUGGACAGAACGGUCCACUUCUGGGACCUAGAAUCAUUUCAACUUGUAUCUUCUACAGAACAAAGUCAUUCCUCUGCCAUCCGGUGCCUGUAUUUUAGUCAAGGCGGAGAAUGUCUGUUUGCUGGUAGUCACGACGUUUUAAAAGUUUACGGCUGGGAACCUGGAAGAACUUUAGAUACUAUACCUACAGGCUGGGGAAAGGUUCAGGAUAUAGCCGUGGCUCAAAAUCAAUUGAUCGGUGCGAGUUUCCACACUGCGAAUGUCAUCUUGUACGUGUGCGACUUGAAGAAGAUUGCGCCACUAGGUGGAGUGUCUACCGUGGGUUCGCCAUUUAGUCAUGGAAAUUCUCUUAGGAAAAGCUUCUCUAGGGAACGACCGCUCACAUUAAAGAAACACACGUUGGACGUACGAACGAUAGAAGAGGCGGACAAAUCCGGCACAGAUCCAGAAGAUGAAGUCACUUACGCGGACAUACCCAACGUGACCGAGUACAGAGACAUUUUCCAGCCGAGUAGGGCGUUGUCUCGCACUCCACCCCCUGAACCACCCGAGGCUUACGAGGAGCCUCGCGACAUAGAUCCGGCCCAGCCGCAGAUACUGCAAACUCUCUCUACCUCAAUGUCGAAUCUGAGCACGAUUGAGCGCGAGCCUAUGCCGCCGAUGCAAUCACCCUCUUCCCCGCCCCCGCCGGCACCCACGUUGUCAUUGGCGAAACCCGUGUCGGUGCGCAUUCAGCCGAUCAAAUCCUCGCCUCCGGUUCACCGGAACUCGAUCACCUCGACGAGCCAGAUCAGGGCGAAUUUGCAGGCGAACAACGGCCUAAACAGGACGUCCAAGAACUUAGCCUCCAUACCGCCGUUGAGACAGAAUAUCACUCCAUUUCCCGGCAGAAAAACGAUGGCGAACGACACGUUGCCGUUGCCACCGCAGCCCUUGGGCCCGCAGAGGUCCAACUCGACCUUGACGCCGCGGGUCGCGCCUAUGGCCGCCGUCAUUCCCGUGAUGGACGACGGUAAACUGAAGAACAGAGUACCUAGUCCGGAUUCUCCGAAACAUUACCUGAAGAGACAGUGCAGGGACGGCGAGCAGGGAUACGAGAGCGAUUAUCCUGUACAAAUUAAUAGCAUAAGGCAUAGUCCAUCUGACCCGGCGUUGAACAGGCCGAACACUGCGCAGUCUAGGUCUACGUCGCUCAAUAGAAACUUCACUACCUCAACCGCGCUGUCAGCACGCAAUCCUCCCACCACCGCGUCGUCAUCCACGAGAAAGCUGAACAAGGCGCAAAUCCCGCCGAAUCCUAAGCUCGAUGUGCGCGUCUCGCAAAUAAGAAACAGCGUGGAGGACACGGAGAAAGAAGAGCUCGUGCCGAUGAGCGCCGACAAGCCCUACGGACUAGACGUUGAAAAUUUUUUACCGCACAGUUACACCGGUUCCACGGCGUUGGGAUACCCGCAGAUGGGCGUGCUGACGGAAAUGUCGGAGGCCGAGGUAUUGAACAGUAUGAUGCGCAGCCACGAGUCGAUGAUGGCGGUGGUUAAAAGCCGGCAUCGCUCGUUACAGAUCAUAUACUCCCUCUGGCACAACAAAGAUCUCAAGGCCGCGGUGGAUUCUGCGGUGGCGAUGAACGAUCUGGCCGUCAUCGUGGAUCUUCUGGGUAUCCUCACGUUAAAACCAACAAUGUGGAACUUGGAUAUGUGCAAUUCGUUGCUUGGCCCUGUCAGCGAUCUCCUUCAAAGUAAAUACGAAAUGUACAUAACGGUAGCUUGCUCGGCGCUGAGACUUAUCCUUCGUAAUUUCGCCCCGGUAAUAAAAUCCAACGUGGAAGCACCUCUUCACACGAUCGGCGUCGACGUGUCGCGGGAGGAACGGUAUCACAAGUGCCUCUCUUGCUACGAGAAGCUCAUAGCAAUACGGGCGAUCCUGCUGAAGAAGCAGUCGACGACCCCCGGGAAACUCGGCGCGUCGUUCCGCGACCUGGCGGCCCUCAUCAGGAGUCUAGAGUGACCGGAGCCGUGCCGUCUGUGAAGUCCCCGUGAAUUCGAGACCACCGGUAUCGUCAACGAACACUCACCAGGAACGAAUAGGGAACGACGGAACGAUCGAGCUCCCCUGUCGAGAUUGCGCGACGAAGUCGCGACUGGUCAUAGCUAUGCGUCGAAAAAACGUGAAAGCGCGUUCCUGCUGCUGUUCUCCUCUUCCGUCGUCGCCGAUUAUCGGAGAGAGCGAACGAAGUUGCGGAAUACUCGCGACUCUCCGUCGCUGGAACAAACAAGUAACGUUGAAAGAAAAUGAGGGGAUGAAGAUAAGAAGAAGGAAAAAAGGAGAGAGAGAGAGAGAAAAAAGAGAGUUCGUAGUGUGAGAAACGGACAAAGCAAGAAGAAAUUUGGGAGAGAUUCGCGGAUAAACAAGAGAUGAAGCGAAGAGUGAAAAUGUUGCUAAUUGCGCUUAAUGCUGUACCGAGACAUCGAAACGAUUUUUACACUUUUUGGAAAUUUUAGAGCUUUCGAGCGUACUUCGAGGCUUCUUUCGAUCUACUUGGUUUCAAGUCGGCUGAAUUAAAUUAUUUUUUAUAAUCCGAUACACACAUUCCUGUUGGCAUAUUUUUAAAGCAAUAAAUUGAAGUAACGUCAGAAAUAGUAUCGAGGUUUUUGAGAGGCAACUCGACUAGAUGGAAUUAUUUCAGGCGUGUACAAAAUCAACAAAUUCACCCUCGUCGAAGGUAUUUUUGCUAUAGAUAUUAAUAUACGUAUCAAGAUCCGAGAAUCCCCCUUUAUCACGAGGAAAAGAGGCAACACAGCAGGAAAUCUCGUGUGGCGAAGCUCAGUGCCAGAUUCCAGUGUGUCAGUAUAUCGAUCUCAGAGUGCUCACUCGGGGAUUACGUCUCGUGGAGAAUAUAUCGCUAAUUGCUGUUGCCGGUUUCGCUCCGUUAAGAUACAUGAUUGCACAGCACAACUCGAGAGUUCCGUCGGCGUCUCGAUAUUCGCACGGACACUCGUUGGCCGGUGCUCUUUCGCGCCUUUCUUGCCAAGAUCGUCGGAAAUCGUGGGACGAUCUGGGUGUAUGUGUGUGUGUGCGUGUCAGCCUCGAUCGCGCGGAGGCGGCGAAGGCAACAACGCUUAACUUGACAAACGAAACUAACGAUGCGUGAAUAUAGAUAUGUAAUUAUAUAUUUCUUAGCGUAUGAGAGACAGAUGAAUUGCGAGAGCGAAAGAGAGAGAGAGAGAGAUAGAGCGAAAGGGAAAGAGAGAACGAGAGAGAGGGUGGGAGGGAGGAAGAUUGUAUUUUUGCAAGAGAAGCAUUUUGCGUCCAUUUACAAUAAAGUACUCUUAACCAUAAGCGUAACUCGAUCCCUGCAGAUAGACCGUAAGUAUUUAACCCGUUGAGCCUAUAAUAUAUAUUAUGUAAAAAUAAACUUGUACGCGCCUAAAAAGGACGGCAAAAGGGGGAGAGCGGAAAGAAAGAGAGAGAGAGAGAGAGAGAGAGAGAGCGUGUCGUAAAAUAGAAGCCGGAUACGCUUCGCGACGAACGACGAUUCCUUUUAUAUACAUGUUUAAAUUAUUUUUUUACAAAAGCGCCCAUUAAUCACGAACAUUUUAUCCGACGUUCAACGGAGCCACUUGAAACGCGUUCGAUAGGUGCGAGUGUCGUCGAGAAUGUCGAUGUAUAAAGGGCAACCGCGCGUGUGUACUUUUAAGAAUAUUACGACUUUUUAUACUCCAAGUAUUGACGCGAACAGUCGAACAAGUGUUUCCUCGAUCGCACAUCAGAAUGCGAGAAAUGCGGAAGAGUUGGGAUACACUCCGAAGACAAUACACCAUUUUGCGAGACACUUCUCCUUUACUCGUUCUUCGUGUUUCGCCGUGAACAACGUUCGUGAUUGUGUCAGACUCGAGCUAAAUAGCGUUAAAUUGGAAACUGUUUGAAUCCCCGCGUUGCAAAAUCACAAGAUCACUGCUUUCUUUUUUUUUUUUUCUUUUUUUCUCCACAUCCCACGAUUUUAGCGCAAUAAAUCCUACUCGAAGCGGCACUUGCCGCCGCGUUGUAAUAUUUUUUAUACAGAAUUCGCACAUUUUUACUCCUGUAUUUUGUAACGUUUAUUUUAGCUGCCAUUUUAUAUCGAGUCUUACUCAACGCAACGACCGCCUUGCAGCGCAAAAGUGAGAUGUGAGAAUUCGCCGCGAUUGGAGUCACGUCCGAAUAAAAACUGGCGUAACUCGCUGCCUUUUAUCUCAUCGGCGGCGAUAUUCUCACAUUUCCAUGCUUUAUCUUUGCAAAAUCGUAUCUCGAUGAUCAUGUCGCGACUCAAUUAGACGCGAAAUAAAAAGAUGGCUCAAAGUUACAACCCAGAUCUCUUCCGCUGCAGCGAUACCCUCGAUGCUACCGAUAAGCGGCGAAAGUAUUAAUAGCCAGUAUCAAUGAAUUUUGGAAGUCAUCUAGCGAGAACAUUUCGAAUCAUAGUUCUGAAGAUGAGACAGACAUUUAUAUUUCUUCACUUUUAAAAUCGUCGCAUCAGUGGUGAUUAUCAGCAAAAAUUCUUGUUUAAGAGAUAAUAUAAUUUAAUAUAUCCAAAUUUUUCGGGAAAAUACCAUGAUAUGAAUUUUAUAUGUAAUCUUUAAAUUGCCAAUUGAAAUACAACAAUACGAAACAGAUGUGACUUGAAGUGUUCUUCGCCCAUGGUUUUUAUCUUCUCCACACUCCCGCCGUCAUAAUCGGAUUUGAUCUUAAUGGAUUUUACCUCGAGAUAUGCGUCAUUCAAAUUGUUAUAAGUUUACAAUGUCUUCUGCGAUCACCUGGACUCGUUAGGUCUUCCUUUCUAUGUACGCGCGUAACAUUGAGAGGGAGACUACAAUUUCUGAUAUUGUUUUAGUGCAAUACUCAUGUGAUUGUGCGAUCACCCCGAUCGUCCAUCCCGCAAAUGGACAUUGUUUUUCUGUUUUUUGUCCUCGGAGAAAAGAGAGUGUGGCACAAAUAAAGAGAGAAAUAAUGAAGACAAGUCCGAGGAAUAUCGCAAUCUUUAAGCACGUUGUCUCAAAGUAUUAUGCAAUAAAACGUACAACGCCCGUUCAUUUUCCA